AUGUCUGUUGCUCCGACGGUGCACCGCCAGAAGCUUGUCCCCAUGGCACGCAGUCGCCUUCGUGUGCUUCAGGAGGCCAGGCGAAGUGUGCAAAACCUAGCCAAUGGACGUGUUCCAUCUACCCCACUUAAACAUACCAUCUCUUGCGAUUCGGAUGGGGAGAACGCCAGUCCUUAUACCAAGUCUGAGCCAACCAAGCGCAAGCGCUCUGCGGGAGAUGACGGGCGGCUGUGUGAGUCUCCCAAGAGUCUCAAGGCCAGCCGCAUGUCACUAGUCAUAAAGACCGAAGACAAGAGUAAUAAAACCUUCACAUCGUCUGCAGUCAGCCAGGCAUUAGGCAGACCAAUCGGUCGAGACUCCCAGAUCAAAUCCAAGCCAAGCAGAGCGUUUGGCCGCCGCUCCCAACGCCUUUCUCCUAUUGCGAAAGAGAUAAUUCGCAAGAAUGUAGCCACUAGUAACGGGAUUGAGCCUCGGAGAAAAGCUCAACCUGCGAGUUGGUCUUUUGAAAUCCACGUCGACACUGAAGUCGAAGAGGCGACCAACUUGAUGCAGCACUCUGCCGAUCGCCUCGACAUUAGUGAUGAUGAAGGAAAAGCUCGCUUCGACGAAUGUGACAAGGAGAAUAUCCCACCACAUGAACUUGGAAUCGCCCUACCAGCUACCGCUCAGCCAGCUACCAUGGCCUCGCGCAAAAAUAUGAUGGCUGAGUCUCGCAGCCCUCUUGGUGAGCUGGAUGCCUCGGAUUACUAUGGGCCAGGCCUUGGCAAUCUGUCUUACGAGAUCAUCCAGGAGGAUGAGUAUGUCAAGAGAGCAUCUGCACAGUCCAGCUACUCUCUCGUCUCAGCAGCGACACCAAGUGUCGCGUCUGUCCUCGACUCUGUCGUGUCGGCUGAAAAGGCUGGCGAAAGUUGUUUGGAAAAGUGA